AUAAUCUAUAAAGAUUAUUUUUAAACAAAAAGGUUCAUUGAAUGUUAAAAGUUUAAGGGACCAUUCAGCCAAUAAUGGUUCUUCCAUUGUGAAGCACCUGUAUUUUAUGAGUGUAUAGAACACCUUAGCACCUUUAUCAUAACAUCUGCGACGUUUUUCAUGGUUUGGUAGGCCUAUUUAAUGAAAUAUUGUGCGUGGAUCCUCCGACUCACCUGUCUUUGUAUACGGACUAUAUCACAACCGCAGGUGUAGCACAUAUAGACGCAGGCAAACAUAACUUGUUUGCCAAGGGCAUUGAUUUAAGCGUGGUCAGAUCUGUUCAAUUAUUGUCAAACCGUGGGGCAGUGGAAAGGAAACACCAACAGAAUCUACUGCCAGUUGUCAGCUUUGUGUAAACAGUGAAACCAAUGGUGCAGGAGGGUCACAUGGUCACGGUGGCACACCUAUGAGGCCCUAGAUCGGCGCCAGACGCUCAGACUGCAGGUAGAGCAGAGGUCCUGAUCAGGGGCAGGGCGCUGGCUCAUGUGCUCUUGUACAGCACGGCUUUCCCGGUCGUUGGCAAUCAUGAAUCGGGAAGAGCAUUAUUACUCACCUAACCAUCUCUACAAGGACUCUUGUGCCUUUCAGAGACACCAUAACAACGAAGACUACAGCCAAAACCCUCCACCGUGUCUGUAUAUGAGCAGGCAGACGCAACCUGUCUACGCCUCGCCAUCUCUGGGCGUACAGGACCAACCAAAUCUUACCGACAUUACCUCUUAUAGCAUGUCGACACGGGAUGAUCUGGCAGUAUCUCAUCUACACCUGCCUCAGACUCCACAACCACUACUACAGACGGUCGGGGGUUAUGGAGACUCUCUUGACCUGUGUGGAGAUCGGAACAGAUACCAACUACCCUUCCCGUGGAUGAAGUCAACGAAAUCUCAUACGCACGCUUGGAAAGGACAGUGGGCAGGUCAUUACAUGGUAGAGGCCGAAGAGAACAAGCGCACACGGACAGCUUACACCAGAGCGCAGCUUCUUGAGCUCGAGAAAGAGUUUCUCUUCAACAAAUACAUCUCGCGCCCUCGCCGCGUAGAGCUCGCGCUGACCCUCAGCCUCACCGAGAGGCACAUCAAGAUCUGGUUUCAAAACCGACGCAUGAAAUGGAAAAAAGAGGAGGACAAGAGGAGAGCAAGAGGAGUGGAUCCCGAACAAGACUCCUCUAUCACGUCCGGGGAUUUAAAGGACGAGUCGUGUGCGAACCCUGGAACUCUAGCUGGACCCCCAUCACCUCUGCACCCCCAUGGGCCCCCAGCGUCAUGAGACUAAACACACAUUGACUUUAAGAGACUUAUGGCAUCGACACAAUGUUUUGGCUGCCUACCAUUUAAAUAGGCAGCAGGGGGCAAUCUCAGUUUAAGUUUGAGAUGCAAGGACUCGUUAGAGGUGAAUUGUCCACUCAUCAAUUUGUGGAAGGUGUUUAUCAAAUCACAGCACUUCAUUUAAAUAUUUUGCAAUAGGGUUCCAUUUGGUUAACAUCAGUUUACCUGAACUAACAAUUAAGAACACCAAUACAGCAUUUAUUAUUAAUCUUAAAUGUUCAUUUUAACAUUUACUAAUACAUAUUGAUAUACUAAACUACCAUGUCCUGAAUGAUUAAUAAAUGCUGGGCAAAUA